CAGAAAUCCACGGCCUGCAAUCGCUUCUAUUAUAUCCACCGCACAAAGGCCUUCACAGUGUUGGUGGAUUGUGAGAGACGAGAGACCACGACCCCGACCCUGCGCUUUUUUUGCCUGCCGUCACAACGCAACAACGUACCGGUACCAGACGCCGUUACCGGCACCUCUUCAUCUAGCUACUAGCUAGUAGAGAACUGCCAUUGUUGGAGAACAAACUGUUGCUAGCUAGACAUGACUAAUCCAAAAGACAGCGACGACGAUAAUGAUAAGAAGAUGCCAGCUAAACCAACAUCAGAGCCCAAAAAAGAUAAAAGCAAAGCAUCCAAAAAGCCGUCUCCUCGAAAACGAAAGUCAUCGUCCUCUGCCUCAGGUAUCAGUAAGAAAAAAGCACCUAGUGCUGCAUCUCUGAACCCGCCUGCAGCUGCGUCAAAACCAUCCGCUGGAGUCCCUGGGCAGGCUUCUCGUCCCCUUGGCAGCGGGCAUAGCGGCAUCAGAUAUGUUGUCAAGAGUUCCUUCGCUCCUGAAGUGAUACGUAGAGCUGCUGGAACUGAAACGUAUGGGAGGGAUCCAGGAUUACCACCGGGCGGAGAAGACAUCCCUGAAAACGAAACAGCGGAGCAGAGACGCUUGCGAAAGAACAGGAUCAACGAACGAAGGAAACGGGCUCGACGUGCCCUGAAGAUUGAUUACCUAAACGAGCAGUAUCAUAAUCUUGGAAACGAGAAUGAAAGACUGGAGGACGAGAACACAACUCUCAGGGCCCAUAUCAUUGCCAUUCGCACCGGGCAACUCGAUCCAGUUUCGCUUCGAGCUUUCUUGGAACGAGAGGACGGUGAAUCCACAAGCUCUGCAGCCAGCGACCCUCCGCCACAGGACCCCUCGAUUCAAGAUCCCCCCUCUGGUGAUCCAGCUCCCAUCCAGGUUGCGUCCGCAACUAGCGCUGGUGGAUCUCCUCCAGUUGUAACUUGCCAUGCUUCUGCAGUGGGCAGCUCCCUGCAGCCCCAGAAUGCCCCUACCCAACAAUCGAUGUUGCCCGCUGUGCAACCUUUGGUCCCCCCACAUCAGAUGGGACCUUCUCGAGGAGAUGCAGCCUCGUCUUGUUCUGGAAUGCAUCAAAUGUUCGGAGGUCAUGGAAUGCCGGUAGACACCAGCUCCGAGCUUAAUGCACAAAAUCCACCAGCAAACCAGGUCUAUGCACAAAAUCCACCAAUGGCGGUUGUAGCCAUGCAGGAAGGGGGGACACGGCCGCAUGGAAAUAACGACAUUGGCAGCCAAAUAGCUCAGCUCCUGUUGAGUCACGAGUCCGGAGGAAGGGGCAGGGCCUCGGUGAAUGGCCAGCGUAGCAUCACUGGGAACCCCAUCACCGCCCCAUCAUUCCACCAACCCCAAGCUGUCCAGGUGAUCAAUCAAUCCAGUAAUGAUUCUAGAGUGCAAAUCAAUGUCCUUCAAACGCUCACGGGGAUGCUGCAGAGCCAGACAAAUCAUGGCGAAGGAGGACCUAACCAACCGGGAAACCAGCCUUCUUCUGUGUCAAAUUCCGUACCACAAAACUCCACAAAUAAUGUUGGCCAACCACAACCUAUACAGCAGCCACAUACCCAACACCCGAUAGAGCACACAAUACAGCCGCAGCACGAGCAACAUGACUUGGUUCGGCUACUGCAGGAGCUCUUACCACGACAGCGAGGUGGGCAACAAGAACACCGUGCCCCCCAAUCUCCUGCCCCAGCGUCAGGUGCCGUGUUUGAAAUCCUUCAGCUGGCCCAUCGACGCCAACAGAACACGCAACAACAGCAGCCAGCCACAGCGCCUUCGUCAGGGUUGCCUGGAAAUCUCCUCGCCUCAACUUCUGGGCCCAGUCCACUUGUACUUCAACAAGCGUCUAACGAGCAGCAACUGCAAGAACUUGUACGGAGGAUUGCUCUUCCAUCCAGCAAUACCAAUACCAACAGUGGCAUUCUCCAAGGGAUGCUUUCUCAGCUUUCUCCAUCUCAGAUAUCUCAGCUCUCUCCAUCUCAGAUAUCUCAGCUCAUUCAGCUGAUCCGGUCACCCGGCAACCUCCUGGCCUCCACAAACCAGAGUGAAAUGAGGGGGGAGCAACAAGGGUCACAGUUUAUGCAGAGCAGUGAUAUCAACCUUGAUCAGGUCUUGUCCGCAAUGCAAAAUCCGCAACAGCAACAACAACAACAACCAACCCAGAACCUCGGUGUGCAUGAAAUCUUGGCUCUAGAUUCACAAAGCAGAGGUCAAGUGCAAGAACUGGUGAGAAGCUUCCAGGAGCAGCAACUUCGCGAGCAACAACAACGAGAGGAAAGAGAAACGGCCAGAAGACAAAUUGAGGCGCUCCUUCAGCGAGCACAGAGGGGGGGAGACGAAAGCCUAGCAAGGGAACGCCAGCAGCUUGAGCAACAGCGACAAACAGAGCAAGCCAUCAGGCAAAUCGCGGAGUUCACGUCGCAGUCAUCAUUACAACAAUCCCAAAGAUAUCAUGAGAUGGCACCAGAUGGUCUAGGAAACUCCGCUCAAGCGCCUCAGGUCCAGGUCCAACAGCAGGGUCAAACCCAGCAAGCUCAACUUCAAGAGCAACUGAUGAGACUUUCCAACCAACAACCAGUCUUAAAUCGGCCGCCGACAUAUCAACCGCAGCAGCAGUUCCCACCGCAACUGGACAUUGGGGGGGCUCGUGCAUCUAGCAUCCCUCCAAACCCAGCUCUGCUAGCGCAGCAGUUACAACAACAGCAACUUCAACAGCAACAGCAACAGCAACAACCACAACAGGGCCCACAGGAAAACAAUAGUGCACUGUUGUUGGAGAUGCUUUUGAGUUCAUUCAUCCAAAAUUCAGGGUCGGGGCAGCAGAACAGGCAGGGGUAAUCAGCAAGGGAAUCUAGAUUGAUAGAUGAUAGAUCCAUAGAUAAUUAUUGUAUAACUUGGAAACAAAAGCAAUAGUCCUUAUGCAAG